AUGGAAACAGCGGUACAGAAGUCACUUUCCGAUCUUGUCAAAAAUGACAUAGAACGAUGUAUAGAGCUCGAAAAUUUGUCUAUAUAUAUUUUGGACAAUGGAUUCCUACCGAGGAGUUUUGAUGCGGAUUCCAACGCAUCAUCUUCAUUCAUUAAGUUUGAAGAAUCCACCAAUGGUGAAGACAAGUUGAAGGUAUGCCGUGUGAAGAUAACUAUUAAGUUGCCAAGGUGUAUCUAUGGUGUCAGCCGUAGACGCGAAACCGUUGUAUGCAUAGGUGUUGAUAUUCCAGGUACUUUCCCGGAAAAGAAAAUCCAGCUUGAACUUUCCAGCGUUUCCAAUGCAAGGAAACGAUUCUGCGCAUCAGUACGAAAGAAACUGUUUGAACCAAUUUCUGCAGAGGAAGGACAAUCCAACGAACAACAGGUCUUCUACGACGUUGUUGCAAGAUUCCACAGCUUCCUUCAACAGUCGGUCAUUCAACGUAACCCUGGUUCGAGUGUCUGGUGGAGCAACGAUGGUUCUUCUACGGUUCACAGGAACCAUGUGACUGGAGAAGAUACAGAGUCUUCCUCAUCAGAUGACGAAUUCGAUUCCGAUGGCACUUCUGACGACAACUCCGGAAACCGAUGGCCGCAUGAACGGUAUAAUCCGUUUGAAGUGUGUAUGGCCGCACAUGCAAGCUCAGUUACAGUGAAUAAAAUGUUGGCGGAACACUCUCGUUACUACCGGGAAUUCAAACACCAGAAGAUCUUGGGUUCAGGGUCAUUUGGUUGCGUUACGAAGGUUCGCCGCAAUGGAAUUGUAUAUGCAUUGAAGCAAAUACCAAUGUAUAAGAAUCACAACACACUGCUUUACGAGGAGGCGGCCGUUCUGGCAAGUUUACAACACCGAAACAUUGUUCGGUAUUACGACGCGUGGACUGAGGACCCCUAUGAUGAAAUUUUGGCGAAGCAAGUCGUAGUCCAAACGAAACAAUCCGGAGGCAGUGUACAUCUGAGUUUUACUGGCCAGUCACCACGGGAUUUGGAGGUUGAUAGCCCUAACGCGUCGAAAACCAUUGCGGAUGGAUUUAGAGUACAACACUCUCAUCGAAAAGUCAAAUUUUCGGAUGACCUAGCUUCGGCUGAUGGCCACCGUCGCUCCACACGCAGGCGCAAAGAACGACCAGUGAAGUACCUUUACAUAUUGAUGGAAUAUUGUGCUGAUGACAACCUAUGUGAUGCUAUCAUGGAAAGUCGACUAGUUUCUCAACCACGGCUGGCAAUCGAGUUAUUUAGACAGAUACUUGAGGCACUAAGUUACAUACAUGAGAAAGGCAUCAUUCACCGCGACGUAAAACCCUCGAACAUCUUCUUGAAAUCAGAGGAUGGCGAGCUAUCCGUUAAGCUAGGAGACUUUGGACUUACGGCAAAACUCAGGAGUGGCACGUCCUCAAAGUCGCAACCAUCUAAUCCAACUGGAAUGGUCGGAACGUUGUUCUACAUGUCACCAGAGCAAGAAAAAGGCGAAUCGUACGAUCAGAAGGUGGAUAUAUAUGCUGCAGGUGUUGUGUUUUUCGAAAUGCUUUCGCCGCCGUUCAAAACCAUCAUGGAACGUUCUGAGGUAUUGUCAUCUUUUGCCACACCUAAAAAGAAGUGGCCGCCAGAGUUUCAAUCUAGAAUGGACAAUCGUAUCCUCAAGAUACUGGAAUCGAUGCUAUGCGUUGAUCCAUCUAAGCGCCCUUCAGCAUCUCAACUUCUGCAGAGCGAGAUUUUUGUAUUUUCCAAGCUGGACACUUCUGCACUGUACCAAGUGGUAAAUCAGUACCCCAACUCCAUGGAAGCUAAUGAGCUGCUACGUUCUCUAUUUGGAGGUAGGUUUUCCAGAGAAUCCGCAUCGUGUUACACGGACCGGCUAGAGGAAAAUUCAGGAUCGAGCAGCUACGUAAACGUUGAACUGGUUAAUAAGUUUUGCCAGGAGUUUCAUCGACGAGGAGCUAUACGAUACAAAGUACCUCUGUUCAUGCGUGCACUGGAGGACGGCGUGAAUGAUGUGCCUAACGCUAGAGGAUAUAAAUUAUUGCUUAAAGACGGACGGAUAUGUGAGGUACGAUCGUCCGUUCUCAAUGCUUUUACAGCCGCCGUUCCCCAGAAUUUUAUCAUUGUGAUACGUAGAUGGUUUUGGGGUAAAACAUACGUCAGGGAUUCUGUCAGUGGUCGCCAUCCGCGCGAGUCCUGGCGUUGCGCAUACAACGUUGUUGCGGAUUAUAGCAUCCUACUACAGGAAGUAGCGUCCGCCAUAGAUGCAUUGGACGCUUUUUUCUGCACAGAACUGGUUCGCAUUGCUGUUCGCCCACUUCUCAGGUUCCGAAAGAGCAUUGUUACUGUGGAAUGGACAUAUGCCCAUUUAGUUCGUUGCGUAUUAGAGGAUAGCAUAGGUGUCAAUGAAAGUUUAUCUGAGGGUCUGGAGUCAUUGAUACUUGAAAACGCCAAACGUCCGAACGUGCUGAAACAAAGCGUGUCGGAAUAUUUGCGCCAAGUAUCAGUGCCCGGACUAUCGUCCGACGCACUAUUGAAUUGCGUCCUGCAAUUUGCUGAGAUAUUGAUUUCAGGCACAUCUUCGUUAAAUGAAUUUUUGGCUAAUGUAGCUCGCCUGCUAAAGGAGGUUGGACGUUAUACAGAGAAAUUCUGCGCGCUAGCAGCAAAAUUAUAUUAUAUGGAAACCUUCUUGACAGUAAAAGGCUGUUCCUACCGCUUCGUGCCGGCUGGUUUCCCGAGUUGGCAUCGAGAGAGGUUUUCCAUGUUCAGUUUUAGUGUGAAUUGUAGGAUUGGAAAGAAAGAAUUUAAUGCGGUAAUUGGUGGGGGUUGCAUAAAUCCCAUUGUGCAACAAGGCCGGGGCACUGUGUACGGUCCACCCAAAAGAAACUCUUUUGGUUUUGAGGUUUACCUUGAUUCACUUGUUGCAUACUUUCAAAAAGAGGAAUCAUUAUUACUAGGUCGGAGCGGCAUGGAUGGAUUGCAAUUGGGGUGUCGACUCUUCCCCCAAGUAUUGAUUUGUCUACAAGACCCUUUGCUCAUUAACGGCGCACUGUUUCUUGAAAAUGAAUUGCACGACUCAGGCAUCAUUGUAGAGAAACAGGUUGGGUUACCCAGCAGCGUACGGAAGCUUCGUAAGCACAUAUUGGCGGGAGUACUGCAGCUGUCUCGCCUAGAUGCUAUUGUUAUUGUUAAGCAUCAUCCGGCGACAGCGUCUAGAGCUUGGACAUUCGACGCGGUUUCCCGUUGUCUUGAUGUCCAGUAUAAGGUGUUCUACACGCAUGUGGAAACAGAAUCGGUCCUGGAUUCCGCGAGUGUACUAAUGUUAAUACCAGUCGAAGAUCCUCCUAAGGAGGUUAUAUCUCGCGUGACGUUCGGCAGAACGCGCGACAUCCUUGCCGCUGCCUCUUGGGACAAGACUGUAAGGAUAUACGAUGUGGAUACUGCAAACCGCGGUCGUCAGCUAAGGAGCUGCCCCGGUACAAGUCCUGUGCUUGACUGCUUAUUCAUCGAUGACGACCGGAAGAUCGUUUUCGGAGAUCUGGAAAACAAUGUAAACCUUGUUGACGUAGAGACGGGUGAAGUAACUACUAUAGGUACUCACAAUGGGCCCGUACGUUGCGUAAAUUUCAUUGAAUCCCUAGGAUUGGUUGUCAGCGGCGGUUGGGACAACCGUCUUCGCACUUUUGAUGUGAGGUGCUCCAGUAUGACUCCGGUCUCGGAUGCUGAGAUAUACGGGAAGGUCUAUUGUAUGGACCUAUUACACAACACCCUAGUUGUGGGCGACUCCAUGAAGAGGGUGUACGUCUAUGACUUGUCACGUGGACUCAGUGGAUUUUCAACACCUGAAACAAAAGACGGAGUCCUCAAGUACCAAUAUCGCUCCAUCAAGUGCUUUCCAGACAAUCGAGGAUACGCAUUGGGAUCUAUAGAAGGAAGAGUUGCCUGGGAGUACCACCCAAAAUAUCCCGAAUACGCAUCGCAACAGUACGCAUUCAAGUGCCAUCGCAACAAGACAACAUCAGAAGCUGACAUAGCUUACGCUGUAAACACAAUAGACUUUCACCCACGCUUAGGGACCUUUGCCACUGGUGGUGCCGAUGGUCUCGUAUGCGUAUGGGACGGUCACAGUCGUAAACGUCUUUGGAGAACCACCAACCUACCUACAGGUGUGACAUCGCUAUCCUUCAACAGCACUGGGAGCAAGCUGGCCAUCGCAUUAUCAGACAUCUUUGAGCUUAGUAGAGCGCCGGCAUCACCGCCAGGCAUCAUGAUACGUGAAGUGAAUGCCGAUGAGUGUAGACCACGCAAGGCCGUAACCUGA